GCCUGCCUGCCCGGGCCAGCAGCUCCCUUGCCCGGCUGGGAGAUCCUACAGGGCUCGGUCCGAGACGUUGCCAAAAAGAUCCGGGGAAGAAGAAAAACAAUUAAAAGGAGCGGGCUGAGGAGGCGAAAGUAGACACUAGUUGUUUUUUGUUUUUUCCUCAGGACUCGGGGAACAUGUUUUGCCAGUGACUGGACUCAAAGGUGGGAGAGGAUAUAAUUUUUUGUUCUGUUUUUCUCCGUCGCUUUUACUGUACAUGAGCUUGCGGAGCUUCGCGAGGGACCAGCCGCACUCCCGCUGCUCUGCCGCCGCUGCUGCUCUUUCCUCCUCGGGCUUCGGAUGGUGGAUGCUGUGAUGUGUUUCUGCUACAUGUUUACAUUAAAUAAAACCCCCGGAGAGGGAGAUAAACUAGGAUAAGAUCUGGAAACAACAGUGAGGGGAAGCAAAAAAAUAUUUAAGUAGUGAGGCAAGAGGGAGGCUGUGGUGUAUAACGGACACAAGGAGCAGGACAGAGGAGGAGUCGCAGCAGGAGGAGAACCAAAAACCUGCAGGUUUGUUGGAGCCUGUGGGAAUGAGGACGAGGAGGGACCAUCCAAGGUGUCAGUGUGAUUAGAGGAGCGGGGGGAGCUGAGGAAGAGGAGAGGCGUUAAAGCGCAGGUUGUUUCCCAGCAGAGGAGGCGCUGAUGGCGGGUGAAGGCACCGGGGUUCACACACUCCGUCAGCCGACCGCAGCCCUGUCAGCAGCCGCAGCAGCAGCAUGAGGAGGAGGAGAUUACAGAGAGCACACACAGAGGAGGUGACCCUUAUCAUUUCCUGAAGGAGACAAGACACAGAGCAUGACCUUGUGUUUGUCUACAGUGCCAAAGAAUAGCCACGGAGAAGCCUCCAUGCCCAGAGAAUCAUCGCCUUCCCAGCUCCAUCAGGAGCCCUUUUAACCCUGCUGCAAGCUGCACUGGGGGGCUCAAACGUUCCCCUGACUGUACCAGGAGGCUCACUCCAACCCAUCUGCCAGCUCAGAUAAACCUCUGACUGUUGGCAACCACAUGUUUGAGGUGACUGUGUGUGACCGCCGCCCAUUCUCCAGCAGCAGCAGCUUCCUGCGACCCCGAUCUGCACCAUGCAGUGGAGACGGCGGCACUGCUGUCCCAUCAAGAUGACCUGGACCGUCAAGCGUACGCUCUUCCGGACCCACGUGGCCGGUCUCCUCUCGCUGGCUCUGCUCUUCACAGUUUUCUUAUUUUUCAGCCACCAGGACUGGCUGCCAGGACGCAGCGGGCCCCGGGAAAACCCGCUGGCCUACGCUGUCAGGGGCUUCCGCAGCCCCAAGGGGGAAGCCAACCAGAGCAGCUCCCUAAGAAGCCUGUGGAGGGAGACGGGGUAUAUAGCACCAAAGCCUCUGCUCAACCUUAGCUCUCAGCAGGUGGAUGGGGCAGCGGGGGAAGCAGUGGGAGGGGGAGGAGGAGCCAGGAUGGGUGUGAUGGGGCUCGGAGACUCAAUGAGCACUAACAACAGUUUACAGAAGGAGAUGGGCGUGGGCGGGAGGCUCAGCGCUCAGCCCUACCGCUACAUCCUGAACGAGCCCUUCAAGUGCAGCGACAGCAUGCCUUUCCUCAUCCUCCUCAUAGCUGCAGAACCGGGCCAAGUCGAUGCCCGCAACGCCAUCCGCCAAACAUGGGGGAACGAGAGUGUAGCGAUGGGCUUAGGGUUUGUCCGCAUUUUCAUGCUCGGCACAAGAAAGAGCUCAGACACCUACCUCCAGAGCAGCAUAGAGGAGGAGAGUCGCAUUUACCACGACAUCAUCCAACAGGACUAUCAGGACACUUACCACAAUCUGACUAUCAAAACCCUGAUGGGCAUGAACUGGGUGGCUACCUAUUGCCCAGGCGUCUCCUAUGUGAUGAAGACGGACAGCGACAUGUUUGUCAAUACCAAAUAUCUCAUCCAAAAGCUGCUGAAGCCUGAGCUGCCGCCAAAGCAGAAUUAUUUCACUGGUUACCUGAUGAGGGGUGAAUCACCACAACGAAAGAAAGACAACAAGUGGUACAUGCCACCAGAGAUGUACCCGAGUGAGCGCUACCCGAUAUUCUGCUCAGGCACGGGGUACGUGUUCUCAGGGGACAUGGCUGAGCUGAUCUACCAGGCCUCUCUCAGCAUACGCACGCUGUACCUGGCGUACGUGGGGAUCUGCCUGGCGAAGCUGCGCAUUAACCCAACGCCACCACCCAACGAGUUCCUCUUCAACCACUGGCGGGUGUCUUACUCCAGCUGUAAGUAUAGCCACCUGAUCACAUCCCAUCAGUUCCAGCCCAAUGAACUUAUCAAGUACUGGAACCACUUGCAGAGCAACAAGCACAACGCCUGUAUCAACAUGGCCAAGGAAAAGAACGGCAGGUACAGACACCGAAAGUUUCAUGGAGAGAGGCCUCCUUGAUGCAUCCUGUGACUACCACCUGCCUCAAAAAAGGGAGAUGGGCACACUGUAACUACAGCUGGUGGAGGGCAUAUUGAACUCAGCACUAUACACUAUAUGGGGAAAAGCACAUUGUUUUUGGUAUUGUGUACAGUCGAUGAUCCAAACUAUUUUUUUAAUUUGAGAAAAAAAUGUUAUGUAUUGUAAACCUGUUGAGCUAUUUCUAAAUUGAAGUGUGAUGACGAGCAUGCACAAAAAAAGUGCUUCUGCUCAAGAGCGAUGUUUAUGAUAAUUCAGGUGCCAACAGAAAGGUGGUCAUUCAUGCUACAGUUAAUGUGAGGGCUCUCCUCUAAAGGGUAGUACAGUACGUCGCACUCUACAGAUCAAAAAAAUAAAAAGAGACACAAUUGUGUUUUCACAGACUAAGGGAAAUGCACAUGUAUUCUGUCGAAAGUUACACUACCUAAAUAUGAAUGAAAGUAUCUUUGACGUUGACCAGUUAUGCUGCCCUGUUUCUCAGUGUUUACUUUACAGAUUUAAUAAAGAACACAAUUCUAAAGAGAAGGUUUAUCCGUCAUAUACUGUAUUUUAUUUUGAAAAAAUCGACAUGAAAGCACUCACGUCACGUCAGAGAUGACUGAGAUUGUAUUUUUUAAAAGCUUUACAUUGAGUAUGACUCUGCACUUGAACAAAUGUGCAAUUAAGUAAUUAAAAUUAAAUGUACUGAACUCAUA